GUGAAGAAGUUUGUAAGGGGGCAGGCAGAUGCAUGAAGGGCUGGUCCUGGUCUAUCAUGUCUAUAAGACCAGAGCACUGGCCUUCACAUGAGCAUACAUCUCUGAGGGACAUACAGGUUGUUUCACACAGGCAAAGGAAGACAUCCGGACCUGGCUAAAAGAUGGGUUGGCAGAAGGUCAUGCUGGAUAAGCUUGCACACACUUUCCAGAUCCGCAACAAGCUGCUGCGCCAGGGACUGGCUGAAUGCUUGGGAACUCUCUUGCUAGUGAUGUUUGGCUGUGGUGCGGUGGCCCAAAUGGUACUAAGUGGAGAAAGCCAUGGUCGCUUUCUCUCUGUAAACCUUGCUUUUGGGUUUGCUGCUACCCUUGGAAUCUUGGUUUGUGGCCAGGUGUCAGGCGGACAUUUAAAUCCAGCAGUUACAUUUGCUCUCUGCCUCUUGGGAAGAGAAAAAUGGAGAAAGUUCCCUGUGUACUUUCUGUUCCAAACAAUUGGAGCCUUCUUCGGUGCCGCAAUUAUCUUUGCGGAAUACCAUGAUGCAAUGUAUGAUUAUGCUGGAGAAAAAAAUGAGUUGCUUGUAAUUGGGGAUAAAGCCACUGCUGGUAUUUUUGCUACGUACCCAAACCCUCAUCUCACCAUCUUGAAUGGAUUUUUUGACCAGGUGAUAGGCACAGCAUCUCUGAUUGUCUGCAUCCUGGCCAUUGUGGACCCCUACAACAACCCAAUCCCUCAAGGUCUUGAGGCCUUCACGGUGGGAUUCAGCGUCCUUAUCAUUGGACUCUCCAUGGGCUUCAAUUCUGGUUAUGCAGUCAACCCAGCUAGGGAUUUCGGGCCUCGUCUUUUCACUGCCAUGGCUGGUUGGGGUGGUGAAGUCUUCACUACCAGACAGUGUUGGUUUUUGGUGCCCAUCUUUGCCCCCUUCCUGGGAUCCAUUAUUGGUGUGCUUGUGUACCAGCUGAUGGUGGGGUGGCAUGUGGAGGGAGAAGUACGGGACAAUAAGAAUAAAGCUAAGGAAGAGUCUUUGAAACUUAAUGACGUCACCAGCAAGGAUUGAUCUGCGUGAUCUGCACCAGCCCUUCGCCCCAUAGAUCCACAUAACCUUUCUGCUUUAAGUCUCUGAGUUCCAUAGAUAUGUCUUGUUCCACCCAAGGCUCCCUCUUCUCUUUCAGAGGGGAUUCUGGUAGUCUUGCAGACCAUUAAAUGGACUUAAAAUAAAAUGCUGCAAAUGUCAAGAUUACAAAGUUUUCCUAAUUGUUCCAGCAGAUAUUUCAUAUAUAUUUUCUUUAGCAUGUUCCUUUUUUUUUUUCACACAUCCUCCAGAUUCCUCCUUUAAGGGAAAAAGGUGUUUCUUCAGCAACACGAAUUAUAUUAAUUCACUGUUUUUAAAGUUAGUAAAAAAUGUAGUGUAGCACCUAUCAAUAUUUCCAGUAUUUCACACUUUUGUACUACUAUUAUCCAAAUAUGUUGCCAUUCCUGUUGAGAAGGUGAGCAAUUCAACCAAAAAAAUAGCUUCAAUACUUUUCAAUACAAAAAUCUUUUUUUUUGUAAAUAUUUUGUAUUGUCAUCUUCAUUUAAAAAAAGUUUUUUUUCUAUUACAUAGCAGGACGUUACUUAUUUCAAGAAACAUCUUACGGUCAACAGCGUAGUAAUCUUUCAAUUGUAGAGCAUUACAGUCUUUAGACUAUGUUCAUUUCAUCUUUCAUGUAUCUGUUAAUGUCAUAACCAUUUUAAUUUUGUGAUUGAAUGUUUUGAAGCAAUGGAUUAUUAUCCUAAUAAAGUUUUUUUUUUUAAGUCUCA